AUGCGCUGGCUUUCGCUUCUCGCGUCUUCGCUGCUGUGCACGGGCGGCCUCGCCGCCAAGAAGGCCGCCGGCGAUACCUUCCAGCAGUUCCACGCCAAGCAGCUCUCGUCGGCUCCGGUCAAGAUCGAGGACACCGCCUACCAGAAGCUCGUGGGCGGCACGCCGCGUGACUACAGCACGGCAGUUCUGCUGACGGCCAUGGAUGCACGCUACGGCUGCCAGCUGUGCCACGAGUUCCAGCCCGAGUAUGACCUGCUGGCCCGUAGUUGGACCAAGGGCGACAAGGCGGGCGAGUCUCGCUUGGUGUUUACGACGCUCGACUUCAGCGACGGCCGCGAUACCUUUGUGUCGCUCGGUCUGCAGACGGCGCCCGUCCUUCUCUUCUUCCCGCCCACGGCUGGCCCGCACGCCGUCUCCUCUCCGGAGCCCCUGCGCUACGACUUUACAAACGGUGCCGGCUCCGCUGAGGUGGUUCACCACUGGAUCUCCCGCCACCUGCCCGACCGCCCCCACCCGGCGAUCAAGCGGCCGAUCAACUGGUUUGCGUGGCUUACGAGCAUCACGAUGCUGCUGGGCUCGGCCACCGCUCUGUUUGUGGCGUGGCCGUACGUGCUGCCGGUGAUCCAGAACCGCAACAUUUGGGCGGCCAUUAGCCUGAUUUCGAUCCUGCUCUUUACCUCGGGCCACAUGUUCAACCACAUCCGUAAGGUUCCCUAUGUGGCGGGUGAUGGCCGCGGCGGUAUCAGCUACUUUGCCGGGGGCUUCCAGAACCAGUUUGGUAUGGAGACGCAGCUCAUUGCUGCCAUGUGUACGUGUCCCCCUCCCCCCCCCCCCCCCAAAAAAUCAUCCAAGAAAACAAUGUCGCGACUGUCUAACACACAUAUAGAUGGCAUUCUUUCGUUUGCCGCCAUCUCCCUGGCCGUCAAGGUUCCGAGAAUAGCCGACGAGAAGAUGCAGCAGGUGGCGGCGCUCAUUUGGGGCGCAGUCAUCUUCCUCAUGUACAGCUUCCUGCUGAGCGUGUUCCGCAUGAAGAACGGAGGCUACCCGUUCUCGCUUCCGCCGUUCAUGUAA